UUGUCUGUCGACAACUAUCAUGUCUGUUAUUCCACAUUACUUCGGCUAUAUGUUUCAUCUACGAUUCGUACGAUCACCGUCAGUGUGAUCGGUGUCAGUGGUCGUGAGGCAGUAAAAGGCACUAAAGGCGUCGGCAAAUCGCUUAUUUGUAACCGAUUCGUCCGAGGCGAUUUCGACGAAUUCUUCCCAGAACACUGCUCUGUUUUGUCCCAGACCGACUUCGGUGGAUCUCCAGUGAUCAACAACGAUCACUGGCUGUAUUGGGGUGAUCGACAAAUUAGCCUUGAUGAUUCCUCGAGUACGGUGACGAUACGAGUAAUCGAGCAGACAGAGUUCCUGGAUGAUGAGACGUACGAACCGAUUGCUGGACCUUCCACUUCGGAACCGUAUGCAAAGCGAUGUUGCCAGAUUCGUCUUGAAAGCCGAGACAAGCUUAUGUACAUUCAAAAAGAGCAACUCGGUCUUGAGGCGGAAUUCGAUCAACAGGUGUUGCCAGACGGCAAAUGCACUGUCGACGCGUUCAUCUACGUAUUCGAUGCCAGCAGAACUGUUGGGCGAACAUUUGAAAGGUUAGAAAUUCGUCAACGUUUUUGUUGGGUUCCACAGUACAGUUUUUGCUUACUUUUGUCAAUUUUUCUCGGAAAAAGGGAGGAGAGUUGGGGAGCGGGACUAGUCAGUGAACGUUGCCUAGAGCGACAACCAGAUUACUGUAAUUUUGUACGAAUAUACGGUGAGGCUACGGCGAAGAAAGUCUAUGACGCACAUGUAAACGAAGCCAGGGAACAUUGGAUGGCAUUUAGACUUCGCGCCCUCCUACCAAACUUGCCACGGGUAUUCGCUACACUUUUGGAUAAGUCUGAUGUAGCUGAAAUGAGUUGGACGACUGCCAAUCACCUGAUCCACUCACAUCCCCUAUUCGACGAGUUCUUUCAGCCCUUAGGGCAACUCGUUUCAAAUACUGCAUUGUGUUCUGUUAAGCAAGCUCUGGAAACAGAACAGCGAAAAGAACGACUUGAGGAGGAGUUCGAGUUUCUGCUUUCCGAUACACCACAGGUCACUCCAGGAAAGCCAUUACAGGAUGUCAGCAUAUUCCUACAGGCAAGUUAA